AUGCUACAACUCCUCUUAUUGGAGUUAUUGCAUAUAUUGAAUCCUCAUGUUCGUCGUUUUGUAUGGAAUUUAGACUUAAUAUGUGUAUUAUUAUUAUUAUAUGUAGUAUUACCUGUAUCAAUUAUACAUAAUAUUGUUGCCCCUAGUGCAGAUUGUUUCCGUGUUGCUGAUUGGGUAGCUAAAUUCCCUCAGCUACAGCGUCUACAGACGCGUGCAUCUGCAUUAUCUAGAUUAGCAACAGUAUCUAACUUAACUUCUUCUGGUGGUCAAGGAGUUCUAUCAAGAUUACAACGUUUAUCUCCACGUUGUAGGGAAUGGGCAUCUGUAGCUGCAUGCAGUGCCGUGCUGCUACCCUUAUUAUGGUUCUGUUUCCGUCAAUCAGGAAGAUUAUUACAUCUAGACCCUGAGGCACUUGCUGGCCUAUCUUAUACAGAACGUUUAUUGGCAUAUGUUGGUGUAUGUGGGGUAACAGUUGUAUCUGCAUUGGCUGGAUUUGGUAGUGUUAAUUAUCCUUAUAGAAAUGUUGCUGCAUUCUUAUACCCAACAACACAAGCAGAAGUUGCAUGCGUUGAGCAACGGCUACUACAUACACUUAAUCUAGUUAGCGAGAAAAAAAAAGCAAGACUACAUCUACAGGCAUCUCUUAAUCCUGCCCGUGCUCGUCUAUGGCCAACACCUACAUCUGGUGUCCUCUCUUCUGCUACUGGACAUGGGGGCCCCUCUGCAGCUUCACGUAGAGGAAGAAGUACAUCCAGGAAAAGACAAGGACAAGGGGGCCCCAUGGGAGCUGAUGGGCCCCGUCUUGGUGAUACAUCAGAGACGGGAGGAGAUGAUGCAUCUGUCCUAAGUGGAUUCACAACCAGCAGCAGCAGCAGCAGCAGCAGUUGCAGCAGCAGUUGCAGCAUUGGUAGGGAUUAUGAUUUACAGCAGCAACAGCAACAACAACAACAACAACAACAACAGCAGCAACAUCAACAGCAGCAACAAAGAGGAGGUAUUAUAGGAGGAGGAGAAGAAGGAAAGAAGAAGUUUUUUUUAUUACGUAUAUUAGAUCGUAUAUUAUAUACAUUACGUAUAAUUCGUGGAUUUAUAACAGGUAGAAGAAUUGAGCAACAAUGCCAACAAUUACAGAGCGAGAUAGAAGCACUAGAGGAAUUAUCUCGUGAAUUAUUUGUAGGAUUGGAUGACUUAGUACAUUCACGUGCACAGGCAGUGUAUGGACAAACAUGGUUAGGUAGAUUAAAUAAUUUAUUAGGUUGGUUAAUGACUUUUGUUUGUAUAUAUAGAGUAUUAGUUAGUGCUAUAAAUGUAUUAUUAGAUCGUGUAAGUAUAACAACAGAUCCAGCAACAAGAACAUUAGAGUUACUUCUCCAUUUAUUACAUGUACCUAUUAAUGUAACAUUACUUAGUCCUUAUUUAUCUUUAUUAUUAUUAGGAUGGAUAGUUGCACUUACUAUAAGAGGAUUCUUAGAGAAAUUAUUAGCAGUAUUUCGUUAUAUGUCUACUGCUGUAUCUAGUGAUGUAUUUGCUCUUGUUAUGUCAGAGGUUAUGGGUAUAUAUUUCUCUGCAUGCUUAUUAUUAACAAGAAUGUAUUUACCUCAAGCUUAUAGAGAUGCACUUUCUCAAGUUCUUGCACCUUCUCUUGAUUUCCGUGUAUUCCAUCUACACUUUGAUCGUGUAUUUGUACUUUCUGCCCUUGCAUGCGCUCUAUCUAUUGCCGUCACCCAUAAACGUACUGCAGAAAAACUUAAAAGUCUAUAA